AUGGCGAAAUUGCGCAUCAUGAAGUUCCUCUGGGUAUUCUGCGCAAUAUGCCUGUAUUGCAUUACGGGUAUUGACGCAUCCGUUUGUGACUUCGGGAGGCCAGAUCAGCUACCUGUUAGGAAUACUUUAGCUGUAUGCCACAAAAAUGCGGAUUUCAUGAAGCUUGAAACUGUGAUAUGUCCACGCCAAGUCGACGGCACAGAAUAUGUUUGGCAUCCUCAAUCAACGUCGGCGGAUCAUGUUCGGAUUAACACGUAUGUAGGUGUUAAUGGCAAGCUUAGAUCGGUUGCUCAUUCGCAGGUAGUUCGUUCUGAAUCCGGCAAGCGAUUUUUCUGGGUAGAACCCGAACAGUUGCAAAUGAAGCUACAUUUCUACAUGUCGUUUCAUGAAUUCUUUGCUAUUAACGAACGCCGUUUGAUAUUUAUCUGCGGUCCGCGAAACCUGGUUUUGACUGAUGCUUUGCAACAAUAUAUUCUCCAGCAAAGUGCCCUUCAACCAGAGACACGUCCUCGGAGUUCAACCAUACCUUUGACUAAAGAAAUAGCCAAGACUGGGCAGAGCUUGGGUGUGGUGUUCUUGUACAGAAAAAACAUGUAUCAGCCACUCCAGGGUUGUGGCAGCCGCCCUUCGCCUCUAUUCGCUCCGGAUAAUGAGGUGGAUGUAGAUCCCGAGACUGGUACACGCUCAUGCGUGGCUGAUCCUAUGUCAGAGUCACCUAUUGGGUUCCUGUGCGAAGGUCGCGUUGAACCUUAUGAUUGCAUGAUAUCACUCGUGGAUAAGACUGGCAAAGUUGUGAAGCCCCCUCGACCACAGUCGCACAGGACCUUCGGGAGACAGUCGCCUUGGGUGGUGUCGAAAUACUUCUCUGGUUUAGCAUUGCCACCCAUAAAUGGCAGAUGCUAUUGCAUAGAUACCAAAACGGGUCAGGUGAAUGCCAAGAUAAAGAUCAGAUCGAAAACUGACUACGUCUGUGACAUUGCCAGCAUGAUCGAAGGCAACAAGUCGAAUCCCAAGCGCGGUCCUUGGUGUUCGGUUAUGCUCAAUCCAGGUAGCACUUUGACAAUCCGGGUGCCAAUAAUGGGUGUGAAUUCGGAAUCGGACGAAGGAUCCUCCCAACUGCUGCCUACCGAAUUUCUGCCAAAGGACUUGACUACGAUGAGGCAACAGACGGAUUUAUAUGAUUCUGAUAGUUACGAAGAAAUCCCGUACCACGAAGCUCUUGUUGGCGAUGCCCUCGAGUUGGACCUUUCCCAAAUGCACCGGGGAGAGGUGAAGCUGAGGUACCAUGUAGGCAAACUUCUCACCUUGAAAAGCGGAUUGAACUCGUUUUAUUAUCAGUGCACAUUGGCAUCUAAUGAGGAUGUCUCUGAUAGCAUUCGAGCCAUAGUUAACGUCUCUUUCGCGUAUACCCACCACUACCAGAUGAGAGGUUGCGACCGAGGGGCACAAGCUAUAUUCGAUCCCAUCACUAACAAAUCAUAUUGUUCAACCAUAUCUAUGGGAAAUGAUAUAUGGAAUACCUAUCAAUGUGUUUAUAACAUUUGGCAGGUCCGACGAGCUGGUAUUCACUGCGGAAUAGAUGAAGAGCUAUUACCUGGCAACUGUGAGGCCACAAUAUAUGAUGUGUACUCCGAUGAGAUAAUUCCAAUGCCUAGCUAUGUCAGAACUACGACACCGCUAUCCAUCCCAGGAUUUCAGCUCUUUAAAAUUGACAUCGGCAAUGAUGGGGCCUUCAGUCUCGCCUGCUUCUGUGUUGACCAACGUGGAUACGAGACUUCCAGAGUUGUUUUUAAGAAAAUGGAGAGUGUGUAUUACACUUUCAGAACACGCCGCGUGGAUAGGACUCUUACGCGAACUCGCAUCAGUUAUAUGUUACUUAAGACCGCCGAUCUAUUGCUCGAAGAAUCCACACCAACAAACUUUAUUAUGGUGCAUAAAGCGCUGACAAGGUCGAUUACAUUGGCUGCUGGUAAACGGUUGAUACUAGAGUGUAAGUUUGGUUUUCAUGAUAUAGAAGUCUAUAACGGUGCAAUGCAAAUUGAAGAGGGGUGGCCGUUAACGAAAUGGUGGCCGAAUCAACCAGACGUAUUCUAUUAUGCCGUAACCCAUACAAAGCACGGUGAUCAGCUUGUUCGUAAGACAUAUGAAGAUGCAAUCGUCACCAUUCCGGGUGAUUUUAGACCAAUUUAUAGAGACCUCUUAACAACACAUCGAUAUCAAAGCUUGAUCAUCGAAACUCAAAAAGACUCCCUGAUUAUAUCGAAGGAUCCAAUGCAUAAGUACAUUGUGCCCUUGGCAUUUGUCUGCGGCAAGGAGCUUGAACCAGCGGAUGUGGCAAUCAUCGACGGUGAGGUCCCUGCAUCUCCAACUACCCAUGUUCUACGCUCCUCCAAAGUAUUCACGUGGCACUUAGUUGAAGUUAACUUAGAGGCUACGGAUCCCUAUAUGCAAGGCUGCGGCGUUACCUACGAGUCCGCUGGAUUGUUCAAGCCCGAGACACCCCAACUCUACGACGCCGCCGGAGAGCCUCAGUUCGGUUGCAAGAUAGACCUUCAAGCCGCUAAGGAAGCGGCAUUCUACUGCCCAGUGCCGUACGUCCUGGACCCACCCGGUUGCUUUAACAAUGUCUUUGUUGACGGCAUAGUCAAGAACAUACGCAAUAUCAGCCAGUCUUUGGUAGUGUCACAUUCCAACCAUUUCGUCAGCCUGCAGUUCGACAGUUCUCGUAUAGGUCGCGGGGAGACUCUGCGCAAGACACCGCCCUUACAAUGCCAAUGCGUAACCAUCAAGGGUGUCGUCCUAUCCACUAUCCAGAUCAAGCAUUACUACGCCAAGUAA